AGGUGUAUGGAAAAGUGCAGUUCACAGUUGAAAGAAACUAGUGAGAAAGCCAGUAUCAAUUGUCAAAAUAAAUUUCCCGAGGGCAUUUCAUCUUGUCAGCUAUACUUAUCGUCACCGACUUAUCGCCUAGUUGGCAAGGGAAAAGUGCACAACACUUCGGGAGAUUUACUUCACCAUAGACCGCUCCCGGAUGGACACCUUAAAGUAUCGGUUGAUGUUGUAUUAGAUAAGGAUGCGUUGCUACCGAUACCUGACAUUGUUUCAGAGACAACAUUCCUGCGAGAUGCAAUAGGAUCAUUUGUUGCAUGGCCCUUGGAUCUCAUUUUCAUUGAUGAUGAGACGCCUACAAAACCCGCAUCUAAGGAUAGAGGGAUUUUGCGGCACAACGAGUCUGUUGCAUCACAAAAAGAGGUAUUUGCUCAAGGGUCACAACAACUGAGCCAGAAAAUUGGUAGUCGACAGAAAAACAAAAGGGAUCUUCCAGUGACUUCUUUGCCAAAAAAAGGUGCUUUUGUGCCUCGAUACCAGAUAUCUCUUGAAACACUUGUUGACUCAUCAGAUAUGGCAACAGCUGGUGCUAUUCGCUUACUGGAUAUGGAGGAAGAUAUCUUUGGUUAUUCAUGCACUGAAACAAUCGGAAAAGAAGAUCUGGAACAUAUUUUUCGGCAUCAAGAAUUAGGCGUCGGUGUUAUACACACAUACAUCCGGUUCUUGUAUGACAAUUUCAUGCGCGGGAAUGAUCAAUUGUCAAACAGAUUCCGUUUCGUGUCUUCCUCCCUGGUCAACAAAGCAUUAAUUUGUAGGGAACCGGAUUCAUGUAGAGAGUACUUAGUCAAGAGAUUCAUGGCCAGCAGUACAAACAACUUGUAUCUUUGGCCGUAUAAUUCAGGGUGUCACUGGUUGUUGCUUGCUAUUGAUCCUUUAAAAGAAGUGGUAUAUUUUCUGAAUUCGAUAGAUGGUGAAUGGACAAAUUAUCCGGAUAUGAAGCAAUUAGUUGAUACGUAA